AUGGCAGCACCUGGGACUGGCGAUCUUGGAUACGACCAUGAUAAUUUGCGGCAUGUUGUGAUUACUGCGACCUGCUUCGCGUUGAUCCUUUCUACGGUGUCGGUUAGCCUGCGUCUUUAUUGUCGCAAGAUCACAGGCACCAAGGUCUUCUUCGACGAUUACUUGAUUAUCGUGGCAUUACUUUUCGAAUACGCAGUGUCACUGGCUGGAGUUGUCUUGUUGUAUAACGGACUGGGCACUCACAUCGUCUACGUUCCUCCAUCGAACUUGGUAGUGUAUUUAAAGACUCUAGCCAGUGGCAGCUUUCUCUAUACACUAUGCAUUGCAUUCACCAAGCUUUCCAUCCUCGCGUUAUACAAACGAAUCUUUUCCAUCCGACCAAUGAUACUAGCGGCUAAUGCCGUCGGGGCGACUGUUAUCCUGUGGUGUUUUGGCGUAUGUCUGAUUGGGGGAGUCGUCUGUAUUCCGCUGGAGAAGCUCUGGAACCCGACUAUCCCCGGCGGAUGCAUCGAUCUGGCCAAGUUCUACUACGGGCUCCAGAUUCCAAACAUCGUGACUGACGCCGUCAUCCUGGCGCUACCAAUGAAAUACGUUUGGAACCUUCAGGUGCCGCGUGCCCAGAAGAUCAUGCUCACCGGCAUCUUCUGUCUCGGUGCUUUGACGCUUGCCUUUGACAUUGUACGCCUAGUGACACUAAUUGAGCUUUCAAAAUCCGGCGACGAUAUUACCUAUGACCAAGUACCGGCCAGUGUGUGGACCUGCAUUGAGCCCGCCGUGGGUAUUACAGCCUCUUGUCUCUCGAAUAUGCGCCCAUUGUUUCUUGCCUUCACACGGCUGCGCGUCAGAAUGCACCGCGUGCUAUCCCGACCGUCACAAACUGAAUCGGCAGAGGUAGAACAGUCCAAAAUUGUGUUCACUCAAACUGUGCGAGUCAAUAGCAGUCACACCGACAAGCCUUCCACCAUGACGAGUCAGACGGCCCCUUAUGUUGGGAGACCAUCGCCUUUGUCAACGGCGACUACUGUAGGCACGGAAUGCUAA